AUGGCAUCGCCUUCCUGCAAAGUCCAACUGUACUAUGGUCCAACUGCCCAUUUUGCGUUGAUGCAGCAAGUAUAUAGAGACCUGAUGUCGAACCAAGCAGCCCAAGCGGAGGAGCCUCAAGGGGAGGUCGAAGAAGCCGGAGCCGGGUUGGACCUCUUUAGUUUCCGGCGCAUCUUCUUUGGCACCCCGUCAGAAGCUCCGGACCUGGGAAAAAGUGCUAACAUGUCGGGGCUACCGACGACCAUGUUCUUGUCAUAUGGCCUGGCCAAUACUUUCCUACAACGCUUCUUGUCAACUUUAUUUGCUCUGAUACCGGUUCGAUCCCAAGAUUUCUUUCAACAACAACUGGAUCAACUUUAUCAACCUUCACUGGGCGUGGAGCCAGACACUGCUUAUCAUGCAUUGGUCCUGCUAGCCCUCGCUAUGGGAUCGCUGGGGACGGAACAUUAUGCUUGGGGCGAUGUAUUGUUUGAACGCGCCAAAGCGUCAUCAGCCACGCUUGAUGAAGUAGUAAAUCUUCAAACAGUGCAAACCUCACUAUUCAUCGCUCAUUACCAGAUGGAGCAAGGUCGCCCCAAUUCUGCAUUUAUUCAUCUGGGAAUUGGGGCACGAAAGGCAAUUGCGGCAGGCUUGCAUAAGGAGGUGCCAAGCCAAGAUGAUGAGACGUCGGAGAGUAUUGAGGAACGACGAGCGACGUUCUGGUACUUUUACUUCUACGAAACUUGGAUUUGUUUUCAUCUGGGUCGACCGAGUUCUUUAUCACUGAGAGAUGUGACUGUUACAUAUCCGAAAGACUCCUUUCUUUUGGUAUUGCUGCAUCUGGCCAAAGCAAUUUCGCGUUCGGCCGAUGAGAUCUACGGACAACGACAUGAGUCACUGUUACAGAUGUGGAAAAUUGCUAAAUCUAUAUCGAAUGAUCUACAUGGACACGAUUGUCUUAUGAAACAAGCCUUGGGAUUUGGACUGGAUAAGCCUCCUCAGCAGGGGGUAUUGGGGGUCCGUCAAACAGUCUUGGUUACCCUCUACUACCAUACUAUUCUUUUGACUUAUCGCCCAUUUUUGAUAUUCCGUGGCCGUUGGCAACGGGAUAUGAAGAGGUCGGCUCAGGAUCCAGGAUCCAAUGCUGCGAAGCGUCCGACCGAGAUUCCUGCAUGGCUUAAUGAAGCAUGCGCCAACGUAUUGAAUUGCGCCAGCGCAACGAUCCAUCAUUUAUGCGGAGCGGCUUGUGUAAAUGAAUUGGUUAAGGAACUCCGGUAUCACGGGUUCUUCAUCGGAAGUUCUUCGUUUGCCCUCUUUUACAACCUCAUGCAUGACGAGAGUGUCGCUUCUUCGCAUCUUCCAUGGAUACAUGCUGGUAUAUGGUAUCUUUCCACAGUGCGCCCCGGAGAUCCGAUCGAAAGCUCCAUAUCCGCUAUGCAGACUAUGCUAAAGAAGCUUCACCCAUCUUACGAAUGGAUCCCACCAGAACGCACCAGACAAAUUCAUGGCGCCGAAAACACAUCUUCCUUCGCGACACGCCCGUUCUCCAGUGAAGGCCCCGGUCCUCAGGAAGUCCCUAUGGACCUUAACCCACCUGACGAGCAACUACCAGAAGCAGGGUUUCCGGUCCUACCAGAUUUGCAAACUAACAUACUUCCGGGUGGCAUGAAGGUGCCUAGUGUGGGAAGCGGGGAGGAUUUGCUUGAUCUCACGCAGUCCGAUAUGGGUUGGGACUUUGACUUUUCGACAAUGGACCUUGAAGAAAUAUUUUCCUUUUACCCGGGAACAGGGCCACCAGCGAUAUGA